GUUGCAUAUGGCGGAGAAUACGAAUUUUACAGUGACUGAAAUAUAAGCAGAAGAUUCCCAGUUCCCUAUAAAUAAGACUAUGGAAGCAAAUAACACCAAAGAAUAUCCCUGCGGGAAACAUGAUGAUGUCCAGAAGGAAGUUCUUAAUGUAAACAAUGACCAAGCUGAUGAUUCACAAAACCAAACAGAAGAGUUGGAAAAUAUUUGUUCAAAUUCCUCGAAUCUAGCAUCACUGGCCGCAGCACAUAAAGCAAUGACGUCACUAAAGGAUCUGGUUCCUUGUGAGUUUUCGCGAGAGGAAAUAACACAUUCUGCAGAUGAAUUGAUUAAUUCAUUAAAUGCUAAAAGAAAAAGGGACUCGGAAAUUAUCGAGGACUUCAAAAAGACGUGCGAGUUACAGACAAGCAGGUCAUGCACUCUCAUCGAACAACACAUAUUUAAAAUCUAUGAGAAGCAGGGAAAAACUAUCCAGGAUAAAAUCCAAGAUCUGUAUGCUGUUCUUGACAGAAUAUCGAAACUGGAAAAGAAGAUACAAGAAUUCAAGCGAGCUCUUCAGGGACUCUGCUUCGAGUUUAAUGAUUAAGUCUUUACCACACAUUAAAUUGAUAUUAAAGACUGUAAUUGUAAUAAUGUUUAAAUUAUAGAAAAGAAA